AUGGUCCCACCUGGACUAGCUCGUAGCCUAACCUUUGUUUACAUCGUUCCUGUUCUCUCUCUUUUCUUCUUCUUCUCUAUGCACGUCUUGACUACAGCAGUCAGCUACGCUGUUGACGAGGACUCCGUGCUCCUCAAGAAUAACACGGAGCUUUCAUACUUGGCACCGGCGAACACGACCUUGAUUCGAGUCUAUGGCCGUGUCGGCAAGAUGAACAAUUCCGUCAAAGGCAGUCACUGCUACGCAGACCUGGACCCCCGGCCUUCGUGGUUCCAGCCUGGUGAUUUCCCGAUAUCCGCCCAAGAGAAAGCAAUCGAUGCUCACAACCGCACUCUGUUCAUACUCCCGAUCGACCCUGCAGUUCGAACGACUGUCAGGGUAGGGUCGCUGGACCUGGAUACGACUUGUUUCCUGAGUGGCUUUUCCACCUACCCCUUCCAUUAUCAAAAGGCUCAGUCAGAUGGUAACCACACGGCUAUCAACAAAACUGGGGUCAUCGUCGGUUCUGUGGUGGGCGUAGCAGGGGCACUCGCUGUGGCUGCUUUGGCGCUGUUGUUUGUUCAUCGCCGUCAUAGGAAGAAGGAGACUGAACACAAGCACGAUGCUCAGCCGUACAUCAUAUCCGAGAAGGAGCUAUAUUGGGCGGCAGGAUGGGCGCCCCACAACACUGCAGGUCAACCUGAUGAGGUCGGUGGCGGGGACCAAAGCGAUACCGGAACAGAAAUCAGCCCUCAAGACGAUGGCGUCGAAGAAGUCGAGUAUCUGCCUCCACGAUACCGAGAGUGGCAGCCUGGAACGGGCAUCGAGCCUGAGCAAUCGCCUUCCAUUGUGUGUCCUACCCCUGCCAGUACCGCCAGGGAGGUAUCUCUGCCGCCGAUGCAACAUUCAAUGGCACUCAAGGAGGGGUAUUUGCGAGGUCUGGACAGCCAUCCCAACUCGUCUGGGACAUCCACCUUCACCGAUCCUUCUCUCCAGCUUGGCUAUAAAAGCCAUGCAACAGAUUUCGAUCUCCGAGGGGAUCCGCGCUCUCGGCUGGGAAAGCGAGCGACAGCUUUGUCACUCGCGACGACCUCCACCAUCCAGACAGAUCUCGAGAUCAUCAGUUUCAGAGCAGAGUUUUGCUUCUUCUGCACGGCUCCCCAUGAGCUUGGUAGCUCGCAAGGUCACACUGGGGAUCCACAGACGGCCAGGCCUUCUUGGCAUUGA